GUUACUGUUAUUAACACUCUUUCCUAGAACCCCCUCCACACAGCAGCACCUGAAGAAGGUCUAUGCAAGUUUUGCCUUAUGUAUGUUUGUGGCUGCUGCGGGAGCCUAUGUCCAUGUGGUCACUCAUUUCAUUCAGGCUGGCGUGCUCUCUGCCUUGGGCUCCUUGGGGUUGAUGAUUUGGCUGAUGGCAACACCUCAUACUCAUGAAACUGAGCAGAAAAGACUGGGACUUCUUGCUGGAUUUGCUUUCCUUACAGGAGUUGGCCUGGGCCCUGCCCUGGAGUUGUGCAUUGCCAUCAAUCCCAGCAUCCUUCCUACUGCCUUCAUGGGUACAGCAAUGAUCUUCACCUGCUUCACCCUGAGUGCGCUCUAUGCCAGGCGUCGCAGCUACCUCUUUCUGGGAGGUAUUUUGAUGUCAGCCAUGAGCCUGAUGUUCUUGUCUUCCCUGGGAAACCUUUUCUUUGGAUCCAUUUGGCUUUUCCAGGCAAACCUGUAUGUGGGGCUGGUGGUCAUGUGUGGCUUUGUCCUUUUUGACACUCAACUCAUUAUUGAAAAAGCUGAAAAUGGAGAUAAGGAUUAUAUCUGGCACUGCGUUGAUCUCUUUUUAGAUUUCAUUACUCUCUUCAGAAAACUCAUGGUGAUCCUGGCUAUGAAUGAGAAGGAUAAGAAGAAAGAGAAGAAAUGAAAUGACCACCUAGCCUUUCCCAAUUUGACGCCCUCACCCUUCACCCCUCAUUUCUUCUUUGCACACAUUACAGGUGGCGUGUUCUGUGAUAAUGAAAAGCAUCAGAAAAGCUUUUGUACUUGUGGUUUUCUCUAUUUUGAAUUUUUUGAUCAAAAAACUGAUUAGCAGAAUAUAGUUUGGAGUUUGGCUUCCCAGGCUUCCUCUUCCUGGGGUUCUUCUCACUCCCUUUUCUGUCAGUCCCAUCCAUAGCCUCUUCCUCUGCUCAGGCAGCUGGUGUGCUGUGAUGAGGAGUGGGACCAGCAGAGAGCGCUAAAUAACUACAUAAGUCUGCUUUCCCCUAAGCUUCACCAAGUGGACCUGAACUGUUGGAUAGUGCCAUUUCGGCCCUUCCUUCCUCAGCUUUGUUUGGUUUAUGCACAGUUCCUAUGGGACUGGGCAGUGUGUUUUCCAUUGGAAAGAAGUUCCUGGUCCCAUUGUUAACUUGGGCUUGCUGUAUGUACACUAUCAACCCUACUAAGGAGUGAAGAGCUGCUCCUGGUGGAUGUUUUGCUUCCUAAUCCUGCCAGAUAAACCUAGAUGAGGACCUAUUUGGGGCAGAGGGAAGCAAAAUCUCCUCCCCAACCAAGUAGUUCCUUGUUCAGAUCAACAGAACAGGGCUGUAAUGAUUUGGGGAAUAGCAUUCAUAACAGUUCUUUGGUGUAUUUUUGUCUAUCCCCACCUGGAUACUAAUAGGUAGUGUCAGGCCAGAGAUUUGGGGGCAGUAGAUAAAUGAUCAUUUUACUAAUGCACUUUAGGUUUUGGUUUGCUCGCCUGUUUCCAGAAAUCUCCAGCUUUCCAGAAGGAGCCAAGGUGACCAAACCAGUGUGUGCCCCAAUUCCCUGCAGCUUUGUAGUUUGACGGGGCAGCCCUAAGGGGAUCACCAGCUCCUUCCCUGUGGGCUGCCACAGACAGCUGGCCCUAAAGGGCAGAGUCUGGAGUGGUUGCAGUUCUGUGCUACUCACAGGGCUUUAGUGGAAGGGGACUGAGCCAUUGAAAGUUCAUUACCAGCAGGACAGCAUUUUUGGCUCUCCCUGUUUACAGCCAGUGCAGUUUGACACAGUGGCUGCAUGUUCACAAGGCACCACAUCAUUUUGCCAUCUUAUGAAACUGUCCCCAGGCUGACUGUUCCUGGAGUGGCAUGUCACCCGGAUGGCCCACUUCCAUGGAGGAUGCUACCCUCAGAUUUAGCUUCUGCCUCUAGCCUCUGGCUUGAGAACUUACUAAAGGGAUUUCUUCCUGUUAAACCCCCAUUAGCAACUCUCCAUAAAUUUGGUGAUUCUCUGCCUGAGAAUUUGAGCUACAUUUCUUGAAGCCAAACUCCACCUCUUGUGCUUUUUUGCUUGGGAUAAAGGAGUUUUUUCUUUAGAAACAGUGCCAAGAAUGACAAGAUAUUAAAAACCCCUACUUUUAAAGAAAAUGCCUAACCAGUUUUUAAUACAGUUAUCAUGAAAUUACCACUUUCUUUUCUAGUUCUUUGGUUUUCAGCUCAGGCUGCAUUCUCUAACUCAUACUGUGAAGACAAAGGUGUUUUUGAUUCAGAAAAAUAUGAAAUCUACAUAGUCUUAAUUUGUAAAAAAUAAAGAAAAUUCCUUAACCUU